AUGAAGCGUUGCAUUCGGGUUGCUUCUCUAACCAGCGUUGCUCUCUUGUCCACCAACUGCAAUGCCAUGCUCACUCCCACAACCACUCGAGAAAAGAAACUGGCUCCGUUGCCACGAACCGUUUCUGACAUUCUGCCAAAGUCUUCCGAACGAUCUCGCCUGGAAGAAACCUACUUUGAAUCGGACGAUGAUCUGGGCUUUGAAGUGAAUGCCUUUCAAGAGCUUCAAAACUCGGUCAGUUCCGAGAUUUUGGAUGAGGUGUUGCAAACUCAAAUUGACCAAGCGUCCAAAUACCCAGAACGAUUUCUGGACGCUCACAUGAAAGAUGCAACUUUUAUGGAAAAGGUUGCCAUGUCUAGCAUUCCCGAACAAUUGCCAGGACCCGCCGUUAAGGCAUUGAACAACAACAACAACCGACAAGAGGAGCAGCAGCAGUCCGAACAACCGAAGUCCAACAGGAACUUCUAUGCGCAAGCGGGUUUGAAGUACAGCCUUGCCAAGGUGACACCUGAAGAAGAGAAAGAAUUAGGAAAAAUGAUUCAAAAGGGUGUGAAAUUGCAUAAGAUCCGUGCAGCAUUUGAAGAAGAGCACGAUCGCAAACCCACCAAGGCUGAGUGGAGCAAAGCCGCGGGACUUUCAUCGGCCAAAGCCUUACGAAUGGAAGUUGCCAACUACCGUCGCGCCAAGCAAUUGUUGGUCUCGGCCAACAUUGGUUUGGUCCAUGCGGUCAUCAGGCCUCAGUACCAAUCCCUCAAACAGCAAGCUGGAUUGACUUAUGAUGAAUUCAUUCAAGAAGGAAGUUUGGGUUUGAUUCGUGCGGCCGAACUCUUUGAUCCCGAACGUGGUCUUCGGUUUUCCACCUACGCCACCAUUUGGAUCAAGGGUGCCUUGAGCAACUCGCACAUUCAAGAACAAAUCACGGUUCCAUUGCGAGAGCGAGCCAAGUUCAACAAGAUUCGCAAGGCCCAAGAAGAAUUGACUGCUCUCAAUGAUGCAGAGCCUACCAUUGAAGAAGUUGCAAAUCACUUGGGCAUGUCCAUUUCCGAGGUUGUGGAAACCAAUCGACGAUUCAAGUCGGCUCAACAAGUCUUGAGUCUGGACUACCAAACCACCAGCCAAAGUCGCAGUGGUGUCGAGUCUAGUACUUACAAUAGACUCGAAAACGACAAGAACUUUCGUGCCGAUGCGGAUUUGGCGGAACGCACCCAGUUUCAGGCCGAUGUCGUCGCUGCCAUGGCGGCCAACUUGAAUGCCCGGGAGGCACGAUUGUUACGUCUUCGCUACGGACUGGCGGGUGGCCAUGCACGAACCCUCCGGGAAUGUGCUGAAGCCAUGGGCAUUAGUCAAACCUAUGCCCAAAACAUUAACAAGACAUGCCUCAAGAAGCUCCGAGAGGCGGCGGAAGCGGAUAGCUUGCUCGAGUACUUUCUCACCAUUGCCUAA